AUGGCACAGGAGAUAUGCGUUUUUCUGUUUUCAUUGACAGCUCUUGGUGUUCUUUACAUUAUGAACAAUGUGCCAGCAUUUCAAGAGCCGGUGGUUAUUCUGGAGAUUGGAGUGGCUGUUCUUUUGGUGGUGUUCAUUUUGGUCUACGCUGCUACUCGCCACAAUCCCCCCAAAGAUCCUUUGUUCUACGUUUUUGCCGAAUUUUCCUUUACUUGUGUCAUUGACCUCACAAGUGCUUUGGAAUACGACGGCUUCAUCUCUGGAUUCAUGGAGUUUUACCAGAAAACGGGUGAGCCGUAUCUCGGUACGCUGUAUGCCAUCAUGAUGUGCUACUGGGAUGGCAUUGUGCACUUUAUCAUCUACCUGAUGUUGGUGCACCGCAUGUCAAACAGGAAACAGUACCGUACAUUGGGGCUUUUUUGGUCUGGAUCACUGUGUGCCAAUAUGAUCGUGUUUGUGCUAGGAAUAGUGGCUGGUACAUAUGGCUCAGAGAUUCGUCCUGCCUUCUGGCUAAACAUGCCCUUCUUGCUGGUACCCAUAUGGGGAGCGGUGUCCCUGUUCUCCAGGCCGAAGGACGUGCCUCUUGUGGGUGCAUUCAAGGCUGAACGUGAACAGAAAAAGGUUUUAAUAUGGCGUCCAGUGGACCUGGGUCUUGUAAUUUACUUAGUGGCUGCCAUGGGCUUCAGUCUCUUUAGAGGACUGGCAGUUCUUGAUUGUCCACUGGAAAUACUCGACAGAUAUGUGACAGAGUACGAACCAUAUCUGAAGGAUCCUGUGGGCUUUCCCAAACUUAUGAUGUUGUUGCUGUUGUUCCAUGGGUUUCCAGUGCUGGGUUCGUUUGUAUUUGGGCUGUGCACACCAGGCUGCAGCUGGAUGCUGGACUGGACGGUGUUUUUUGCAGGUGCCAUUUUACAGUGCCAGUGGUGUCAUGUAGGAGCUUCCCUGCACCCACGUACCAAAGAAACGUUCAGAACCCCUGCCACGUCCCUGCUGCCCGUCUUCCUGCUCAACCUGCUUUAUGCCGCUGGUCCCGUCCUGCUUGCCCUGCGCUGCCAAAGAGACCCAGAAUAUUUCCUUACUAUUGCACCCAAGGGCCAAACUAACCAUGAGAAGAAAUUACGCUAAAUGCUAAGCUAAUUGUUCAAUUUUUGGGUUUAAUAACCCAAAGGUUGGGCUCGUCCAUAUUUGACCCAACCAUGUUGAUCAUGCAUUUUUUACAGUGUUUAGUUCAAAUAGGAUUGAUGAUGCUCAGUAUAUAAAGCAAAUUUCAAGAUUUAAUUGGCAUUUGGGAGCACUACACAUUAGUACUGAAAGAUUUUUGACGUGUUUGUGUUAUAUGUUAUGUUACAAUACAUUUUUGGGGUCCUGAAAAGCCAAACUUUUGAAAUUGGUUUCAACGUGCAAGUUUUGAAAAUGACUGUUUAAAUGACAAAAACUCAAAUCUGUAAAAAGGUGACGUGAUGUGCAAGGCGAUGUGACGUAUGUUUUCGCGGUUACGCGUAGGGAUGGAACUUAACUUCCGGUCUUUCUUUGUUCAAUGGUCUGGCUUGUGGCUAAUAUAUGAACUUUGAACAAAUACCUCAUCGAAAAUAACACAUUUUUUGGUUUCCCAAAGAUCAGGAAAGAUUGCAAUCAUGUAUGUGAAUGGAGUUUUGGCAGCCAAUAUACAUUAUAGUACACAUUUUAAACAGUAAAGCUAGCUCAGUGGCUAUCUUUAGAUGCACAAAAUUUGAAUUUAAUCCGAUUUAAGGUUACGACAAUACAGUUUACAUGCACCCAAAACAUUGCAAUCUGAUUCAAAUGUUUCUUUACAUGUACAUUCUAUAUAAUCCGAACCGAACGUCUGCGCAAGCACACGGCCAGGGUUGCCAGCUUCGCGUAUCAAAAUCAUCCAAUGAUCUUUCAAAACUAGCCCAAAAGCAUCCCAAUGAAUAUUCACAGCCCAAAUACCAAUAACUAAUGAACGAAAUCCUGUCAUCUAUAACCCGCAGAAAAAAAACAACCUGUGAAGACUUGCCCAAAUCUGAACUCGAAAAAAGCAGAGGACUUGGCAACGCCACCCAGUGCACAACAUCUCUCGAUAAGUUCACGCUUUAUCUCUGAAAAAAAGUACAAAGCUGAGUUGGAGAAAGUUGUUGUUAAGAAGUUUUCAGAUUGGCAAUGAAAAAAACUCAAUUUUCAAAAGGUGCGACGCUAUUUUAUUGCUGUAUGUAGAAAUUUAUUGAA